GGAAAUUUAGGAAUUCAAAGCUGCAAUAGAAAUCAGCGUCCUUCUUUUGUUUUUCCCCACUCAACCGCUUCUGCAAGAGGCUAAACAUGAGUGUACAAGAAGCUGAUAUGCUAUCUUCCCAACCCAUACCAAAGAGGCAAAAAUUCGAACCUGACAAGCAUCUCUUUGUGUGUUUUAUGCCCGUUGUAUUUCCUCUCAAUCCAAUGUGGUAUGCUGUGAAGUCUGUUUCAUUAUCGCAUUUGUCUGGCGGUUCAUCUGAGCACGACAAUCGGCUCCAGGAUGUGGUUGAAUGGAGUGACGCGACCUUACCUUAUGCUAUGGGCUUUUGUUGUGCAGGAGGUAUUCUCUAUGGUGUUGGUGGUGAAAUUUUUGGCGAGGACAGUAUUGACCAAAAUUCUUUGGUCCGAGAGUUGAGGUUCACGCAUCUCCCUCUUGGAGGAAAAAGUUAUCUGCAUUCUGGUAUAAGAAGCUCAACGAAAUGGGGGAAGUUUUUGCCCAUUGUAGUAGAAAUUGGUGGUCUUAUCUAUGCCCUCUCUCGGCCCCCAAUCGUAGAUUAUGCACGACGUGAAACAGUCUUUGAGGUUUAUGAUCCUUCAAAAAAUGAAUGGACUAGUCUAGAUGGCCCCCCUUUCUUGUGUCCAUGUACUUUUAGUGGUUAUUCAUACGUGGUUAUUGAUAAGAAAUUAUGUGUUUCAAAUCAGGCUGGCUCGUGUGCUUUUGACACUGAAAAUUGGACAUGGGAAGCUUGCGAUUUAUUUGCUGGUUUCUAUGAUAGUGAUAUUAUGAGCUCUGAAGAAAAGUACUUUUUCAUGGAAAGCCAUGAAGAUUAUAAGUACUUUUUAGGUGGUGAUAUUGGUCCUCCAUUUCCAUUUGUUGAAGAUGCCAUCUUGUAUGAGGAUUUCUUGUUGUGCAACGUGCCUUAUUUCAACCCCCCUGUAGUCGCUCUUGAGAUUGUUCGUGGGAAAGUUGCCAGAAGGCUGACCUUGUUGAACGGCAUACGGCCCCGUGCUAAUUCUCAUUUUGUUGAUCUAGGAGGAGGUGACUUUUGUCUUGUUUCCCAAGCAGAUGAACGGGACGAAUGCCCGGAAGAGCUGACAGUUGUCAAGUUUAAGGUUUGGAAAGGUGAAGAUGGAGGCUUGGGAUGUGUAGAUGUGAUGGAAUCCACUCUUAAAUUUAGUGCCCCAGGUCUGUGCGAGACCAUCUAUGUGUUCGCAAUGUGAGACAAAAAAAGUUUUUUAAGACUUGGGUGAACCUAUUUAGCUACAGUCAUCGCAAUUAAGGUUGAUAUUCAGAGCAUAUGCAGCUGAGGAUUUGAAAAUCUUUGGAGCAUUCAUGUGUUCUUUUUGUCUCUGUGUCUGUUAGCAACGAAUGUGUGUGUUAUUUGUAAAUUAGAUGCUGGCGCCCGUGCACGAAUUUUAUCGCUUAUAUGCCCGUAAAGGGGGAUUAUCUGUUGUGAACUUCUUGAUGUUUAUUACUA